UGUCUGAUUUCUCUGCAGAAACACUCCCAGCCCAAGUUGUUCCCGGGGGACAUCGUGGAGUAUCCCAGGAACAAAUACUUUUCUCACUUCGCCGUGUACUACGGAGAUAGGGACGGAGUUCCCUACGUCGCUCACCUGACGUGUCGAGAUUCAGACGCCAAGCUGCCGCUCUUUGGCCGAGCUCUGAGGUCAGAGGUCAAACUGGAUCCCCUGGAGCUGCUGGGUAACAAAUACAAGGUCAACAACAUGUUGGACGAUUCGUUCUCGGCCCGAGACUUCCACGCUGUGGUGAAGCCCGCCAUUGAUGACCUGAUGGGGCGCGAGGUGACGUUUGACAUCCUGUUUCAUAACAGCGAGCAUCAGGCGACGCUCUUCAGAUACGGAGUCAAGAAGUCGGAGCAGGUCAGUGGACUGAGGAUGUCUGCUGUUGUUUAUGUUCAAAUAAUAAACUUUUAAUGUUCUAAUCAUAAGAUCUGUCUCAUCUGAGAUACACAUACUCAACCUGCGGCUCACGGGCCAAAUCUGGCCCCCGAUAGGGUCCCUGG